GAUCAGCAGGUUGUAUUCGUAUUGUCGUCUGCAAUGUAUAUAUAAGUAGUGGAAAUUAUUUAAAAACACAUUUAGUUUUUGUUAGAUGCUAUUAUUGAAUAGUGUGUUUCUAGUUCCAAAUUUUGUACGUGUAACCUCAAGAACAGUUUCCAGAAUGACACUAGAAUCCCUAGAUAAGGUCCCCAAUGUUGAGAUAGACCCUAGUGGAGUAUUUAAAUACAUUCUAAUAAGGGUUUACGCAAAGCAAACCCCAGAUGGGAAUGAACCAUCCAAAAUGAUAGUUCGAGGCAACAUACGUGGACCUUAUCAUGCUGACAUCUAUGACGAGGCGCGGAGUAAGAUAGAGCCACUGGGGUUUGAUACUGAGUGUGUGGGAGGCGGCCGUAUUGAACACAACUCGGACAAAAAGAAUAUCUUUGUUUACGGAUACUCACAGGGUUUUGGCAAAGCUGAUCACCAAAUCACUGUAGACCUGCUCAAGCCAGCCUAUCCAGAUUAUAAUAUAACGUUCUCCAACGAAGGAUACUAAGCUUCGCACAAUCUCAUGUUUAUAACUUGGACUUUCAAUUAAUAGCUUUUACUAUUUAUCUCUGCCUGGACUGUUAUUAUAGACAUUAAAUGUUUUUCUAUUGAUUGAAAA